AUGGUAGAUGGUAAACCGAUCAAUCUGGGUCUGUGGGAUACUGCUGGUCAAGAAGACUACGACCGUUUACGUCCGUUGUCAUAUCCGCAGACCGACGUCUUUCUUAUUUGCUUUUCUUUAGUAAGCCCACCUUCGUUCGAGAACGUCAGAGGCAAGUGGUAUCCCGAAAUUACCCAUCAUGCUCCAAACAUUCCAAUCAUUCUCGUAGGCACAAAGCUUGAUCUGCGAGAGGACAAGGAAACAAUUCUCAAACUCCGCGCUAAGGCUCAAAGUCCCAUUACAUAUCCUCAGGGACUCCAGAUGGCCAAAGACAUUUCUGCAGUUCGCUAUCUUGAAUGUUCUGCUCUUACUCAAAAGGGUCUCAAGAAUGUUUUCGAUGAAGCUAUUCGUGCCGUCCUCUGUCCCGCACCCGUACCAAGGCGAACGAGGAAAUGUUCGAUUCUGUGA